UAUAUUCGGCUGAACGAUGUCAAGUCCGGAGCUAACUUUGGAUCAACCCCAUUUCGCCACCUUUUUCUGCGUUUUGGGUUCCGUGUCGGCCAUUGUCUUUUCCACGCUGGGUGCUGCCUAUGGAACCGCCAAGUCCUCUGUGGGAAUAGCUUCGAUGUCUAUUAAACAUCCCCAGCUGAUCAUGAAGGCGAUUGUUCCAGUGGUCAUGGCUGGCAUUAUAGCCAUCUAUGGCUUGGUGAUUGCGGUCCUGCUGGCUGGAUCGCUAAACAAACAUUAUACCGCCUACAAGGGAUUCCUUAACCUAAGUGCUGGACUGGCGGUGGGUGUCUCUGGGAUGGCGGCUGGAAUCGCUAUUGGCGUGGUGGGUGAAGCUGGAGUCCGGGCAUCUGCCCAGCAGCCGAAACUCUUUGUGGCCAUUAUUCUAAUAUUGAUCUUUGCCGAGGUAUUGGGACUGUAUGGUCUCAUUGUGGCCAUUUACUUGUUUACAAAGUAAUGUGAUGUGAUGUCAAUAAAAA